AUGGCCACUGCCAACGGGAACGGGACACGAGAUGCUGGAAUUACAGACUCGGAGCAUUUUUCGCCGUAUAGAGCAGAUGGAAAAUUGUAUGGUUUCGUAUGCGUAGUUACAGGAGCAACCCAGCCCGUUGGAAAAGCAAUCGUCGCUGAGCUUGCAGCACACGGCGCAGCAUGCAUAUAUGCAUGCUCUAGCCUCCCCUCAGAAACUUACACCGAACUCGCCGACUCAAUAAAUGCGCAAUACCCAAACACAAAAGUCAUCGGCUACCCUUACAAAAUCAACUCGGAAGAAGACACUCUCGCCCUGAUUGAUGACGUGCUAAACUCCUGGGGCCGACUCGAUGUUUGGACAUCUUCUACCGGUUUGCUGGGACCCCCGUCUAUCAACCAGACGGGGCCGAAAGACUUGUACGCAGCAUUUGAUACAAAUGCCAUGCCUGCUUUCUUCGCGCUCAAGUAUGCGCCCGCUGCAAUGCAAAAGACAACGCCCAAGGGGAGUUAUCCUAAUGCUGCACCAAAGGACGUUCCGUAUGGGAGUAUCAUCGUCGUCACCAGCGUUGCGGGCACGUAUGGUGGGUGUUGGGCUCCUGCUUUUACAAUGGCUUCGCAUGCUGCACUUGGUGUUGUACGCUCUGGUGUGCUCGUGCUCAAGGGAACCGGUGUGCGGAUCAACGCUAUUACGGCUGGGCAGAUUGAUGUCGGCGUCGAUCUAAAGGACUGUGGUGUCAAAGAGAUGGCACAGGGCCAGUUUCCUCCCGCUGCACUGCAGGGAGAGGAGAGCCAGAAGAGAACGAUUGGUUUGGAGAGAGCAGGGAGGCCAGAGGAGGUAGGCAGGACGGUGGGGUUCUUGGCGAGUGGAUUCAGUAGUUAUAUUACUGGGGCGGAGUUGAAGGUCGAUGGCGGAGCGGGGGUGAUGAACCCCAUUACUGUUCCCGUUUAG